CGCCGCCGCCGCCGCCUCCGCGUUCAUGUAUGAGGGCAAGAGGACGAAGAACAUGUUCCUGACCCGGGCCCUGGAGAAGAUCCUGGCCGACAAGGAAGUGAAGAAGGCGCAUCACUCCCAGCUGCGCAAAGCGUGCGAGGUGGCCUUAGAGGAAAUAAAAGCUGAAACUGAAAAACAGAGUCCUCCUCAUGGAGAAGCAAAAACUGGAUCAAGUACCCUUCCACCAGUGAAAUCGAAGACAAAUUUUAUAGAAGCAGACAAGUACUUCUUACCCUUUGAAUUGGCAUGCCAAUCCAAAUGUCCCCGCAUAGUUAGUACGUCUCUAGAUUGUUUACAGAAACUCAUUGCUUAUGGACACCUAACUGGCAGUGCUCCAGAUAGUACAACACCAGGCAAAAAAUUAAUUGAUAGAAUUAUUGAAACAAUUUGUGGCUGUUUCCAAGGUCCUCAAACAGAUGAAGGAGUACAGUUGCAAAUAAUAAAGGCUUUACUUACUGCAGUAACAUCUCAACACAUAGAAAUCCAUGAAGGAACUGUACUGCAAGCUGUGAGAACAUGUUACAAUAUCUAUCUAGCAAGCAAGAAUCUCAUCAAUCAAACAACAGCCAAAGCUACUCUAACACAGAUGCUAAAUGUUAUCUUUGCUCGAAUGGAAAACCAGGCAUUGCAGGAAGCCAAGCAAAUGGAAAAAGAACGGCAUCGGCAGCAGCAGCAGCAGCAGCAGCAGCAGCAGCAGCAUCUGUUGCAGUCUCCAGUAAGCCAUCAUGAGCCUGAAUCACCUCAGCUUAGAUAUUUGCCAUCUCAGACUGUUGAUCAUAUACCCCAAGAACAUGAAGGGGACCUUGACCCCCAUUCAAUUGAUGUGGAUAAAAGCCUUCAGGAUGACACAGAACCUGAAAAUGGAUCUGAUAUUUCCAGUGCAGAAAAUGAGCAGACUGAAGCUGAUCAGGCAACUGCAGCUGAAACAUUAUCUAAAAAUGAUAUAUUAUAUGAUGGAGAAAACCAUGACUGUGAGGAAAAGCCACAAGACAUUGUACAGAGCAUUGUAGAAGAAAUGGUGAACAUCAUUGUUGGAGAUAUGGGAGAAAGAACUACUGUGAAUGCAAGUACAGAUGGCAGCAUUGGGACUAUAGAGGAUGGUAGUGACAGUGAAAAUAUUCAAGCAAAUGGAAUUCCAGGAACACCAAUUUCUGUUGCAUAUACGCCGUCCUUACCUGAUGACAGAUUGUCUGUCUCUUCCAAUGAUACUCAGGAAUCCGGAAAUUCUUCAGGACCUUCACCUGGUGCUAAGUUUUCCCACAUUUUGCAAAAGGAUGCCUUUUUAGUAUUCAGGUCAUUAUGUAAACUCUCAAUGAAACCACUUUCAGAUGGACCACCAGAUCCAAAGUCUCAUGAGUUACGAUCCAAGAUUCUUUCAUUGCAGUUACUUCUGUCCAUUCUGCAGAAUGCAGGACCUGUUUUCAGGACAAAUGAGAUGUUUAUUAAUGCUAUUAAGCAGUAUCUAUGUGUUGCACUUUCAAAAAAUGGAGUCUCAUCUGUUCCAGAGGUUUUUGAACUUUCUCUUUCCAUAUUUCUUACAUUGUUGUCAAAUUUCAAGACACAUCUGAAGAUGCAGAUUGAGGUCUUCUUUAAAGAAAUUUUCUUAUAUAUUUUGGAAACUUCUACCAGCUCAUUUGAUCACAAAUGGAUGGUUAUACAAACACUGACAAGGAUUUGUGCAGAUGCUCAGAGUGUAGUGGAUAUUUAUGUAAAUUAUGAUUGUGACUUAAAUGCAGCAAAUAUAUUUGAAAGACUAGUGAAUGAUCUAUCAAAAAUUGCUCAAGGACGGGGUAGUCAGGAACUUGGCAUGAGUAAUGUUCAGGAAUUGAGCCUGAGGAAAAAAGGCUUAGAAUGUUUAGUUUCAAUUUUGAAGUGUAUGGUUGAGUGGAGCAAGGAUCAGUAUGUAAAUCCCAACUCUCAGACAACUCUUGGUCAGGAAAAACCUUCAGAGCAAGAGACAAGUGAAAUUAAGCACCCUGAGACAAUAAACAGAUAUGGAAGUUUAAACUCUCUGGAGUCGACGUCGUCAUCAGGAAUAGGCAGCUAUAGCACACAGAUGUCUGGCACUGAUAAUCCAGAACAAUUUGAGGUCCUCAAGCAACAAAAAGAAAUCAUAGAACAAGGAAUAGAUUUAUUUAAUAAAAAACCAAAGAGAGGGAUACAGUACCUCCAAGAACAAGGAAUGCUUGGAAUUACAUCUGAAGAUAUUGCCCAAUUUUUACAUCAAGAGGAAAGAUUAGACUCUACCCAGGUGGGUGAGUUCCUAGGAGAUAAUGAUAAGUUUAACAAAGAAGUCAUGUACGCGUAUGUGGAUCAGCACGACUUCUCAGGAAAGGACUUUGUUUCAGCCCUUCGAAUGUUUCUGGAAGGAUUCCGUCUUCCAGGAGAAGCUCAGAAAAUUGAUCGAUUGAUGGAAAAAUUUGCUGCAAGAUACCUAGAAUGUAAUCAAGGACAAACUCUUUUCGCUAGUGCAGAUACAGCUUAUGUUUUGGCUUACUCAAUUAUCAUGCUGACCACAGACCUUCACAGUCCACAGGUACAUUUCCUCCUAACCCCUUUUUAUAUUAUUAUUAUUGUUGUUGUUGUUGUUGUUAUUAACCAAAGCACUGCUCAGCUUUGGUUUAUGAAUCAAAAUUAUGUGACUGUUUUUGUCUUAACUUUUAAAGACUUUUUAAUGGAUGUGGCCAGUGAAAAACAAAGAAGACUUCUUUAUAAUUUAGAAAUGGAACAGAUGGCUAAGACAGCUAAAGCACUUAUGGAGGCUGUGAGUCAUGUGCAAGCACCGUUUACAAGUGCAACACAUUUAGAGCAUGUAAGACCCAUGUUUAAGUUGGCUUGGACCCCAUUUCUGGCUGCAUUCAGUGUGGGUUUGCAAGACUGUGAUGAUACUGAAGUAGCCUCUCUCUGCCUGGAAGGUAUAAGAUGUGCAAUCAGAAUUGCAUGCAUUUUCAACAUUCAGCUGGAAAGAGAUGCAUACGUCCAGGCCUUAGCAAGAUUUACCUUACUCACAGUGAGUUCUGGGAUUACUGAAAUGAAACAGAAGAACAUUGACACAAUAAAAACACUUAUCACAGUUGCCCAUACAGAUGGAAAUUACUUGGGAAAUUCAUGGCAUGAGAUUCUGAAGUGCAUCAGUCAGUUGGAGCUUGCACAGCUAAUAGGAACUGGAGUGAAACCUCGUUACAUUUCUGGGACAGUACGAGGCAGAGAAGGAUCUCUUACUGGAACAAAAGAUCAGGCUCCUGAUGAAUUUGUGGGUCUGGGACUAGUUGGAGGAAAUGUGGACUGGAAGCAGAUAGCGAGUAUUCAGGAGUCCAUUGGAGAGACCAGCUCACAGAGUGUUGUUGUUGCCGUAGACAGAAUAUUUACAGGAUCUACAAGGCUAGAUGGAAAUGCUAUUGUGGAUUUUGUCCGUUGGCUUUGUGCUGUGUCUAUGGAUGAAUUACUUUCCACUACACAUCCAAGAAUGUUUAGUCUACAAAAAAUAGUAGAAAUAUCGUAUUACAACAUGGGAAGAAUAAGAUUGCAGUGGUCUCGAAUUUGGGAAGUUAUUGGCGAUCAUUUUAAUAAGGUUGGCUGUAAUCCUAAUGAAGAUGUAGCUAUUUUUGCAGUAGACUCCUUGAGGCAGUUAUCAAUGAAGUUCUUAGAGAAGGGGGAGCUUGCUAAUUUCAGAUUCCAGAAGGAUUUCUUAAGACCUUUUGAACAUAUAAUGAAACGGAACAGGUCUCCAACAAUUCGAGACAUGGUUGUACGGUGUAUAGCACAAAUGGUUAACUCUCAGGCUGCUAACAUUCGGUCUGGAUGGAAGAACAUUUUCUCAGUAUUUCACUUAGCCGCAUCUGAUCAAGAUGAAAGCAUAGUGGAGCUUGCCUUCCAGACAACAGGGCACAUUGUCACCCUCGUGUUUGAAAAACACUUUCCAGCGACCAUUGAUUCUUUCCAGGAUGCAGUCAAGUGUCUGUCUGAAUUUGCGUGCAAUGCAGCUUUCCCAGACACAAGUAUGGAAGCAAUCCGGCUUAUUCGCCACUGUGCAAAAUAUGUGUCUGAUAGACCCCAGGCUUUCAAGGAAUAUACAAGUGACGAUAUGAACGUGGCACCCGAAGAUAGGGUGUGGGUGAGAGGAUGGUUCCCAAUUCUCUUUGAGUUAUCCUGUAUCAUCAAUAGAUGCAAAUUAGAUGUAAGAACCAGGGGGUUAACAGUAAUGUUUGAAAUAAUGAAAACUUAUGGCUACACUUAUGAAAAGCACUGGUGGCAGGAUUUAUUUAGAAUUGUUUUCAGAAUCUUUGAUAACAUGAAACUGCCAGAACAGCAAACAGAGAAAGCUGAGUGGAUGACGACGACUUGUAACCAUGCGCUGUAUGCGAUCUGUGAUGUAUUCACCCAGUAUUUAGAAGUGCUCAGUGAUGUGCUUCUGGAUGAUAUUUUCGCCCAGCUGUAUUGGUGUGUACAGCAAGACAAUGAGCAGUUAGCGCGAUCUGGAACAAACUGUUUGGAGAAUGUUGUUAUUCUGAAUGGUGAAAAAUUUACCUUGGAAAUCUGGGAUAAAACGUGUAACUGCACACUGGAUAUCUUCAAAACAACUAUCCCACAUGCACUCUUAACUUGGCGGCCCACUUCUGGAGACACUGCUCUUCCACCUCCAUCUCCUGUGAGUGAAAAACAGCUGGAUACGAUAUCACAGAAAUCAGUAGAUAUCCAUGAUUCUGUUCAGCCAAGAUCUGCAGAUAAUAGACAGCAAGCACCAUUGCCUUCUGCCCCUCCUGUGAAUGAAGAAGUUGGCAAAAUUAAAACAACAGCAAAAUUUCCAGAACAAAAACUGUUUGCUGCCCUGUUGAUUAAAUGUGUUGUGCAGCUGGAACUCAUCCAGACCAUCGACAAUAUUGUAUUCUUCCCAGCCACAAGUAAGAAGGAAGAUGCCGAAAACUUAGCUGCGGCUCAGAGAGAUGCGGUGGAUUUUGAUGUUCGAGUUGAUACUCAAGACCAAGGAAUGUACCGCUUUUUAACAUCACAACAACUUUUCAAGCUACUGGACUGCUUACUGGAAUCACAUAGAUUUGCAAAAGCGUUUAACUCCAACAACGAGCAGAGGACUGCUCUCUGGAAAGCUGGUUUCAAAGGCAAAUCCAAACCCAACCUUCUGAAGCAGGAGACAAGCAGUCUGGCCUGUGGGCUGCGCAUUCUCUUCCGGAUGUACAUGGACGAGAGCCGGGUUAGUGCCUGGGAGGAGGUCCAGCAAAGGCUUUUAAAUGUCUGCAGUGAAGCGCUGAGUUACUUCCUUACAUUAACAUCAGAAAGCCACCGGGAAGCAUGGACUAACUUGCUGCUUUUGUUCCUAACGAAAGUUCUAAAGAUCAGUGACAACAGGUUUAAAGCUCACGCGUCAUUCUACUACCCUCUCUUAUGUGAGAUUACGCAGUUUGACUUGAUUCCUGAACUUCGUGCUGUCCUCAGAAGGUUUUUUUUGCGGAUCGGAGUUGUUUUUCAGAUAUCACAGCCACCGGAACAGGACCUUGGAAUGAACAAGCAAUGACGGAGCUGGAGUUUUCUUUUUUCUUUUCCUGUUGGUGUUUACAUUCCUCUGCUCCUUAAAAGGACCCUGGAGCUGAGGUUUCACCAGAAAUACAGUUUCUUUGAAAUGCAGUGUCUAAGGGAUACUGAUGCUUCUGUUUGUUGUGUCAGGCUCAUGUCGAGCAGAAAGCUUGUUCCCACAGUGUCAGCUUAUGCUCUUAUGUUUUUCCCUGGCCUCAGCUGCAGGGAGAUCCCCAAAUAUUUUUGGCAGGUGUGGAAUUAAAACUUACCCAAAGAACUAUAGACAUAAAGAUUUGAACUUCUGCAAGAAGUACAACUCAGGAGAGCUGUAUUUUGAAGGAUAAAAAUGUUUAUAAUUGGGGGGUGGGGGAGAAGAAAUUAUUGUUCAUGCUAAGAAAAAUAUUUAGCAACUAUGGUAUUCUUAUUCUGAAGAUUUUUUGCACACUCAGGCUGUCUGAGAUACUGGUAAUCACCCAUCUGUGAAAAAUGUACAGAGAUGCAGGCCUGUAACAUAAAAAUCUUAAACAUAUAGUUCUUCCUGCACUGUUUUAUUUCUUUAUUUUCUUAUUUGCUAAAUACCUAUAUUUUGUCAAAUGCACUAAACAUUUGAGUUGAUUUUUUUUUUUUAAUUUUGUGGGGAUUCUGUUUGCCCCUUUUGGGGGGAGGGUGAUAAUUUUGAGGGGUGAACAUGCCCAGAGGCUGUUGUGGCUGACACUUGUCAUGAUCAACAACAACAAAAAAAAAGGUAGAAAUUACCCUAUUGACAUAGCUACCUGUAAUAUACUUCUCUUAGGGCUUUUCAAGAUGAGCCAUUAAAAUAGAAUGAACCUUCUUGGACUGAAACUUGAAUCACUGCAAAAUGAAUCUAGGUUGCUGUCACUUUUUCUUUUCUUUUGGGUGGCGGGGCUUGAUGUAGAUUUUAUUCCUAUGUACAGAAUUAAUGUUGAAUCUAUCAAAGCAACAAAUCUGGCAUGGUUUGGGGAGAUUAGACUUACUGGAAAUGUAUUCAUACUGUGAAUUGUGCUGAUGGUUUAAAAAAAAAAAGACAAGAUUGUCAAGCAUUCCAUAAUAACAGUGGAUGUAGAAAUUUUUUUCAGAUGGAUAAAAUGUAUAUGGUACAGAUGUAAAGUUUUUUAUGUAAAAAAAAUUCUGUACAACUUUCUGUACAAUAUUGAUUCUCAUCUGGCAUAUUCUAAUCAGGUAAUAGGUCAAUAAAGUUUUUGGAUUAUUUCA